AUGAGCUCCUCUACCGUGGCAGUUCUUUACGCCCUCACACUUUCAGUACCUUCAAUUUCCACAGGUCCCGAGGAUGCGAAAGAGAAGAAACACCAUGUCUCAGGGGGAUUCACGAAUCCAUGGGACCUAACGUGGGCUCAUUUUCUAAGGCGACAAAUAAAUGGUACAGCAAACCGUCCUGACACUACACCCCCAACCGUGCCUGUCCGAAAACCAGAGUUCCUGCCCAGUAGAGAAACUCCUAAGUUGCGUGCGACGUGGCUAGGUCAUGCCUGUUACUAUGUCGAGUACCCCAGCGGUCUGCGAGUACUGUUUGACCCCGUCUUCGAGGACCGUUGCUCACCGAUUUCUUGGCUGGGCCCCAAGCGUUACACUGAAAUGCCGUGUCAAAUCAAGGAUAUACCCAUUAUCGACGCAGUGGUGAUAUCUCAUAAUCACUAUGACCACUUGUCUUACCCAACUGUUAAAGAGAUCUCUGCGCGACACCCAAAUUGCCAUUUCUUUGUUCCUCUGGGCAAUGAGCAGUGGUUCAAAAGCUCUGGGAUUGAUAACGUGACUGAACUGGACUGGUGGGAGGAACGCGACAUCGUUCUCUCGCCGUCUCAAUCGACAGGAACACAAGUCAAGGAAUCGGCUGGGAAUGGCAGUUCUAGCCCAGGAGAUAUAAAAGGGCGAGUUGGAUGCCUACCCUGCCAGCAUACUAGCAACAGAGGCGUAUUCGACCGCGCAAAGACAUUGUGGGCUUCAUGGUACAUUGAAUCCGGUGGACGCAAGGUCUACUUUGCUGGAGAUACCGGUUACAGAAGUGUGCCAGAGCUUCCCGAUGGUGCUGAUGACCACGCACCGGAAUAUGACUUUCCAGUAUGCCCUGCUUUCAAGCAGACGGGCGAAUUUCGUGGACCGUUCGACCUAGGAUUGAUACCGAUUGGAGCCUAUGGUCCUCGCUUCGUUUGGAGUCCUGUGCAUGCUGAUCCUCACGAUGCAGUCCAGAUAUUUCAGGAUACCAAGUGCAAGAAAGCCCUGGGCAUGCACUGGGGCACUUGGGUGUUAACAGAGGAAGAUGUCCUUGAGCCACCUAGAAAGUUGAGGGAUGCAUUGAGAAAACAUGAAAUUCCUGAGGAUGGGGUUUUCGAUAUUUGUGACAUUGGAGAAAGUCGAGAGUUUUGA